GACGUCGUAAUUAGUAAAACGACGUCACUUUGUUCUUAUGCUUUGCCAGGCUUACUCGCCGAGUCGCCGGUGCCAAGCUCUGAGCUCGUGGCCGUGUCCUUAUAACCAAUUGACCACUCUGGUCUGUGGCUGCUGAGCUAGAUUGAGCCUAACCGCCUAAGCUUUACGCGAUCCCCUACCCCAUUCUGAAGCAAAAGCAGAAGCAGAGACCAACAAUGGCGGUCACCCUCAACAAUGGGAUGAAGAUGCCGAUGUUGGGUCUGGGUGUAUGGCGCAUGGACAAGGAGCACAUCAGAGACCUCCUCAUCCCCGCCAUCAAAAUGGGUUAUCGCCAUUUCGACUGUGCUGCUGAUUACCAGAAUGAAGCUGAGGUUGGGGAGGCACUUGCAGAAGCAUUUCAGUCUGGGCUUGUUAAGAGGGAGGACCUUUUUAUUACUACAAAGCUCUGGAAUUCAGAUCAUGGACAUGUUCUUGACGCCUGUAAAGACAGUCUGAAGAAGCUUCAGCUAGACUAUCUGGAUCUAUACCUUGUUCACUUCCCUAUAGCCACUAGGCAUACUGGUGUGGGUACAACUGCCAGUGCUCUGGCUGAAGAUGGAGUGCUGGACAUAGACACAACAAUAUCAUUGGAAACAACCUGGCAUGCUAUGGAAGAUUUGGUUUCCAAGGGCCUAGUUUGCAGUAUUGGUAUCAGUAACUACGACAUCUUUCUAACUAGAGACUGUUUGGCCUACUCCAAAGUGAAGCCUGCUGUUAAUCAGAUUGAGACUCACCCGUACUUCCAACGUGAUUCUCUAGUCAAGUUCUGUCAGAAACAUGGAAUUUGUGUUACAGCUCACACUCCUCUGGGUGGUUCUGUAGCUAACACUGAAUGGUUCGGUUCAGUUUCAUGUUUGGAUGACCCUGUUCUCAAGGGUCUGGCUGAGAAAUAUAAAAAGACAGCGGCCCAGAUUGUUCUUCGGUGGGGCAUCCAACGGAACACCGUUGUCAUUCCAAAGACGUCUAAACUGGAGAGAUUGGAAGAGAAUUUCCAGGUUUUUGACUUCGAGCUGAACCAAGAGGAUAUGGACCUGAUUAAAAGCAUGGAUCAGAAAUAUCGGACAAACCAACCCGCCAAAUUUUGGGGCAUAGAUUUGUAUGCAUAAGCAUGUCUCUGAUCUUGUGAGCCCUUGUUCCCUCUCAAUGUGGGAAGAAUUAGAAGUGCGGAGACCUAUCAUCCUCCCUUGUGCUGGCUGUGGAGAACCUCUAUCUUUUUGGUUCAAUGGAAAACCUUUGAACUCCUCUUUCUACAUCAUUCUCAAGAACUUCUUAGUCAAUGCAAAGCAUAGUUGUGAGAGGUAUCGACCUACUUCUAUAUAAUUCAUGAACUGAUUGAUUCUGGACAUUGCAUUACCUAGGGCAUUUGAUGGCAGUUUAUGCAGUAAUGCAGAACCCUUGGUCAAAUUGAGAGACGUUGGAUUGGAAGAUAGCUCAUGCGUAGAAUUCAUAGCCAGUUUAAAUUUAAAAGGCUGAGGUUUGAAUUAUAGGAUCUGAAACUGUAAGUUUAACCAACAUCCAUAUUAUUAGUUUUUGUCUUUUAUUUUUA